AUGGCAGUGAGCUCGAUCAAGAGCUCGAUCGAGUCGGGCCUCGAACAAACGAACUCGAUCGAGCUGGGGACUGAAUGCAAGGAACAAGCUCAAGGAGAUUGGUCUGAACUCAAGGCACCUAAGUCGACCUCAAACCUUUGCCUGAGGGCCUCAGGUUACACUCUAGAUGAUAUCAAGGGAAUCUCCCCUGACCUAUGCAUCCAUAGGAUUCAUCUAGAGGAUGAAAGUAAGUCUAGCAUUGAACCUCAAAGGAGAUUGAACCCCAAUCUAAAGGAAGUAGUGAAGAAAGAGAUACUCAAGUUGCUUGAUGCUGGGAUAAUCUAUCCCAUCAGUGAUAGCACUUGGAUAUCUCCAGUUCAUUGCGUCCCAAAGAAAGGGGGGAUCACUGUCAUAAAAAUGACAAAGAGGAGCUGA